GUCAGCCUCGUGUUCAUGACGGGAGAGGUCAUUGGUGGAUAUGCCGCCGGCAGUCUGGCCAUCAUGACGGACGCAGCUCACCUUCUGACUGAUUUUGUCAGCAUUGUGAUCAGCAUCUUCUCUCUGUGGCUCGCAUCGAGGCCUCAGACAGGAACCAUGACUUUUGGAUGGUAUCGAGCUGAGAUUCUGGCCAUGUUUCUAUCUAUUGUGUCGAUCUGGGCCGUGACAGUAGUGCUCGUCUUAUCAGCCGUGCAGAGGAUCUCCGAUGGGGAAUACGAGAUUGACAGUGAGAUCAUGCUCAUAACAUCAGGCUGUGCUGUGGGGGUCAAUGUCCUGAUGAUCCUGAUCUUGCAUCAGCCUGGCAACUCACAUGGCCACAGCCAUGGGUUUGCCACCAACCUGACCCAGAGUGACAAACAUGGGCAGAGGAACAGCUACGGUAAUGCAAGUGUGAAGGCAGCCUUUGUCCACAUGGUAGGAGAUCUGGUGCAGAGUGUCGGUGUCAUGCUGGCUGCCAUGAUCAUUCACUUCUGGCCUGAAUAUAAAGUAGCAGAUCCGAUUUGCACCUUCCUGUUCUCUCUUCUCGUUAUUGGGACAACGCUUCCUGUCACGAAGGAUGUUUUCAGGAUACUGCUGGAAGGCGCUCCUCGGGAUGUGAGCUUGUGCGCCGUGACAGAGCUGCUGCUGUCUUUAGGAGGAGUCACCGCCAUUCAUAGUUUACACAUGUGGAGCCUCAACACGACUCAUUCUCUGCUUUCCGUGCACCUUGCCACAGAGGAAGAUGCUGAUUCGCAGAUCAUCCUUAGGAAGGCAACAAGGGUCCUGCGCUCCAAAUUUGGUUUUUCCAGCAUCACAAUUCAAGUAGAGAGCUGCAGGAUUUCGGGCAGCAGUGUAGAGGUUUAAAGUUGACUGAACAGAGACUGGUGACUGCAAAAAUAAAGGCACUGGGUGCUCCCAUUUAACAGCUUCAUAUUUGGGACUGACCAGCUAAUGGUACAGCUGAACGUUUUUGGCACUGCAACAGAUUUUAAAGAAUGACUCCUAUGAGAGCAGAUA